AUGGCCAAUGCCGACAGUGCUCACGCACUAGUGGAACUAAUUACGGCGCCUGCACUUGGUCCAGAAUGGCAGUUAUCUGGGAUGAAAACUCUGACUAAGUCGGGUCGACAAGAGAUUAAGAGUGAGAAGCGGCAGGAGAAGUGGAAACCUAGCAUCGCGGGUAGACGGGUUUGUGCGGAAAGUGGUUCACCAAAAAGUACCUGGCCUUCUUCCUAUUCGGGUUCGUCGGCACUAUACUCGCAAUCACCAUCCCUCGAGCACUUGUUGAUACAAGUUGAUACAACCGCUAAUAUCAUUUCCCUUACAUUCAACUACAUCUCUGCAGAAGUUCGGGAUCCAACCGCGAAUCUACAAGUCGGCACGGCUUACUUUGGAAAAGAUACCCUCCCGCCAAGUCAUUCGAAGAUGCAGGUCUCGCUCAACUUCUUGUAUAUUGCAUCGAACGACUGGGAUUCAACAUGGAAUGCCUGCAUUGUGGCAUGCAUGAUGCUUUCCGUGGACACAGUGUUUGACUUGCUUAUGCUGGGGACGUGAGGUCAGGAUAUGCAAUGUACCAUGUUUCUUGUACUAUGUGCCAGUCUGUAAAUGUUUUGUUAAUACACUAGAGUG